CAAUCAGUUUAUUUACUGAAACUCGAAGUAAAGACGGAAACAACUGUGAGACAUCCUCUCGCAGACCAGCUCCUCUCUGGCGUGUCAGUUCGUGUCGACGGAUCCUCCUGACAGCUGAGUUUAGUUAGAACUACAGAGUGCUGUUUCCUUACGUUGACUGAAGAUGUUUUUUGCCAAACAAUUUAUCAGUGGCAUCAUUGAUGUUGUCAGCAACAUCGACCCAGCCCAGUUUGUCCCUUCUGAACCUCCUCCACCACGCAGGCCGGCUGUAUAUGCAGAGCAGCAUGAGAGCGAUGAGGAGAAACAGUUCCGCAGAGUCUUUCAGCAACUCGCUGGAGAUGACAUGGAAGUGAGCCCGUCUGAGCUGAUGAACAUCCUAAACAGAAUCAUUUCAAAGCAUGGAGACCUGCAGACUGAUGGUUUCAGCAUUGAGUCUUGUAGGAGCAUGGUGGCAGUCAUGGAUAGUGACAGCACGGGAAAACUGGGCUUUCAUGAAUUCAAACACCUCUGGAACAACGUAAAGAAAUGGCAGGGAGUUUACAAAUCCCAUGACGCAGAUGGCUCCGGUGUCAUUGGUGCAGAUGAGUUGCCCACUGCUUUCAAAGCUGCUGGAUUCCCCCUCAACGACCAGCUGUUCAACAUGAUCAUUCGCAGAUACAGUGAUGAAAAGGGGAACAUGGAUUUUGACAACUACAUUGGCUGCCUUGUUCGGCUGGAUGCCAUGUGCCGUGCCUUCAAAACCCUGGAUAAGGAUAACAACGGGACGAUCAAAGUCAAUGUUCAGGAGUGGCUUCAGUUGACCAUGUACUCUUGAGUCCAGACGACGUCUCUCCUGCUUGUUAUAAGGAACCACUUUGUUUGUCUACACAGUACAACAUAUUUUCUCAACCAUCCCCACACUUUCCUGCUAUUCAGAAAAUCCCCUGCGUGUGGAGGUUUCUUUUGAAUGUUAAUGCAAUGCAAGGGUUAUGGGAUUGUUCACUGCUACAUUAUACUUGCAAGACAGAAUUUAUAUUUUAUUAGUAACCCAGAAAAAGCACAAACCAGCACUCAGUGAAAUUACCAUAGCUGAGGAUCAGAACAUGAUUCAGGUGCAUAAAGAUGAUAGUAUGUUGAAUUGGUGUCAUUUAGUUUGCUUAUUUAGCAUUUGCUUCUGAUCUUCCUCAUGCCCGAGAGAAGGCAGGCCAACAUCAAGAUGUUUUACACGGUGACAUUUGUGAAAGCAGCAAGCUCCUGUUCAUAUAUGGCUGGGAUUAGUUUCAAAAAGAUUGUAUGUUGGAGGGAUCUGUUAUGCCGCGUUUCCACUGCAUGGUGCGGAUUGACUUUCUUUUUUGGUUUUCCAUUAUGAAAAGUUGUGGAUAGUACCUGGUGCUUUUUAAGUCCCACCUCAGCCGAGGUUCGAUACAAAGAGGUGAUGUUAAAACACUGCUGACUACUGAUUGGUCUGAGAGAAUCGUCACUAGCAUGUCACAGGACAUCCUGCACAAACCGGGCGUUUUUAAAUAGAAAACUACCACAAUAGGGAUCGCUGUAAUUCUUUCCCUUAACCCAGAUUUUAAAAGUGACAGCCGGCAAAACUACAGCGUACACCACAAAGUGCAGACAUUCCUCUGUUUGGUUGCUGAUGAAAGUAUUCAGCAGUGGAAAACAAAAAGGAGAAAAGCACCUGGUACCAAAAGUGAGUGGAGCCAUACUAUGCGGUGGAAACGCAGCUUUAGAAGGCUCUGUGUAGAUAGCCUACCUCACUGUAUUUGGAUUGAAGAGAGGUUAACAGUGUAAAGCUGUGGCUAAGUUGGCGAAGUUUUUUGGUUUGAAUGGCCACCCACAUAGUUGUUUCCAUCUUUGCCGAGUGUUAUCCCUUUAAGAAAGGUGUUGGCUGUAUAGAGUGCUUGAUUGGCACCUCCAUCUCUCUGCUGUUCCAUCUUUAGCAGUCAUAUUACUACAUGAGGUUUAGUGACUUCUGAGUAAUUUCUCAAAAAAGCUCCCCCCUCCCCCACACACACUUCAACCGUUGCUCGGUACUGUGCUAAUACAGAAGUUAUUGCUGAUAACAUGUCCACAGCAUUGCAUAAGCAAAGCAUCCACCCUCCAGUUCCCCCUCAGGUUGACACUGUUAAUUCUAUCAGCACGGUUUCCGUUGUUUGUGCAAGUGGCCAUCGCCAUGUUGGGAACAGGAUUGUCGGGGAAAUGGUCAGUCAGUCUGUACAAACCUACGGCGCUCAGAGAAGGUAAACGGGUAUAAGUGCACCACGUCUUUGCAGAGACUCAUUUAAAAGGUUAGAACACUAAUGUCAAUCAUCAGAAGACAAGACAACCAUGUAUAAAAUAUCUAGACCGCUUUGUAACGUUAAACAUGUAGCGUUUGUUAGACCACAGUCAUAUUCAUUAUCUUUAUGAAACCAGCCCCAAGCCCACUGACAGGAGAUUCUUGUGCCUAAACAACAGUUUGAUACAAAAUGAAACACCAUUUUGUUUACAACUUAAAGAAAAGUAAAGUAGAUGUGUGUAUUAUAGUACUCUUGCACUGCAGCAUAUUGCAUGCCAAUUAGGGUUUGAUGAUUUGUACACCAUUAUUUUGCAUCAGAAUUGCACUGUUACUGUAAAUGCAUAGUGUGCUGGAGUCCAAAUGCUUUGUCCUGAAAGUAAUGUACAACAACCCAAGAGACAAUGUUUCGUUCGGGCAGGCUAAUGUUUUGCCAUUUAAAGUUUGAUGCUGGUAAUGCAACUUGGCCAUAGAAUUCUGUUUCAGCAAACUGAUCAUAUUACCCAUCACUGUAUACUGCCUGCACAAGAUCAUGCCAACACAAUUUGUAAAUUGAUAAUAUAUAACAUGCGUACGCCACUAAUGCAUGCAGCCAAUGGCAAAGAUGCCAAUAUUAAAUGUUUUAACCAUGCAGUUAUAGACGCAUGGUUACUGAAAAGGAUUGGUGAAAUAAAUACCUGUGCCAUAUUUGGAAUAAAAACGGUAUGUUAAAUGA